AUGGGGCCGUUUCCAGCAUCAAACGGCCAUCGAUACAUCUUGGUUGCAGUUGACUAUGUGUCAAAAUGGGCUGAGGCUGUGGCUUUGCAUACAAAUGAUGCUAAAGUGGUGAUGAGCUUUGUGAAGAUCAGAUUUGGCACUCCGGGUGCUUUGAUCAGUGAUGAAGUCAAGGUCUCAAAUAAGGAGGUGAAGCAAAUUUUGGAGAAGACAUUGAGCGCAAGUAGGAAAGGUUGGGCUAGUAAGCUAGAUGCCGCUCUAUGGGUAUAUCGCACGGUAUACAAAACUCCAAUUGACGCUUCGCCAUACAUGUUAGUAUAUGGAAGGGCUUGUCACUUGCAUGUUGAGCUUGAGCACAAGGCAUAUUGGGUAAUCAAGAAGCUCAACCUUGAUAUGGAUCUAGCUGGGGAAAAAUGGAUGUUGCAACUGAGUGAGCUCGAAGAUUUUUGA